AUGCAUAAGGACGUUUCUAUGCCUAUUCAAGACUCGAACUUCCAUAAAUCGUCCGUUGACACCACCGCCAACGACGACCCUAGUACCCCUCGCCUGGUCGCCGUUGAACGUGACAUGGACAGCGCGACAUUGGACUCUUACAUAGCUGAAGAUCUGAAGAAUCGCGCUUUUGUCUUUCCUGAAGUCUUCCUGACCAAAAUUCUUCACCUUACUUCCGACUGGCGGACAGCGUAUCAAGCGGAGAUAGAGAAAGUUCGAGGCUCUAAGACUUUCAAAUCUCUCCUUAAAGCAUACAUUGACACCUGCGACUCUACGCAAGACGAAAAUAUGCUAUACAAUCCGUUCAACAGGGCUUGGAAAGCUGGAACUCGAGCACUCUAUGAUAAGAAAGGUAAGAAUGACAAGGCGUCGCAGCCCCUACGGCUCGAUCCCUAUCGACAGGACUCUCAGCAGAUCUGGGAUGAAAAGGCUGCGCCGAGUUCUGAUUCUUUGGAGCUGUUGAAAUCCACGCCUGAAAGUUCAGGAAACACGCUCCGAGGUAUCAAGAACAAUGAUUCUCGCGAAAACUUCGCAUCGGCUCAGACGCUGCAUUGGUUUGAGUUUAAACUACAAUCCAAGGUUCUUAGAUCAAGGCGCUGA